AUUGAAUAAGGAAAAGGAUUUUUUAUUUAUUCAUAAAAAAAUACCUCUUUUUGUUACAUAAUCUUUUUUACUUGUUGUGUUUGUUAUUUUUGAAGAGCCCUUAGAAUCUUUCUUUUUAAUUUGCGACUAAUUAUUGUUUUUAUUGUUUAAUAAUCUUUUAAUAUGGCCGAUUAUCAAUUUACCGAGAAAGCAGCAAAGGUGCUUUCAGAUGCUUAUGGGUUGGCUCAAUCUUAUGGACAUUCCCAAUUGUCAACCGUUCAUCUUGCUGCCGUUUUACUCUCUGAAGCAGACACAAAUGGUACAUCGCUUUUACGAACCAUUGUUGAGAAAGCCGGUGGUGAUGGCCAAAAAUUUGAACGUAGUGUCACAAGCCGGCUCGUCCGUUUCCCUGCCCAAGAUCCUCCACCAGAACAGGUCUCCCUUGCCCCAGAAACUGCAAAGUUGUUAAGAAAUGCACAUGAACUUCAAAAGACACAAAAGGACUCCUACAUCGCCCAAGACCACUUUAUCGCUGCUUUCAUUAAAGACGAUAUUAUAAAAUCUCUCUUGACGGAUGUCGGUGUCACUCCGAAAGCCUUUGAAUUUGCUGUUAAUAAUGUCCGCGGAAAUAGGAGAAUUGACUCGAAAAACGCUGAAGAAGGUUUUGAUGCUUUAAAUAAAUAUACCAUUGAUUUGACCGAACUCGCUCGUAAUGGUCAACUGGACCCCGUCAUCGGUCGUGAAGACGAAAUCCGUCGUGCCAUCCGUGUCCUUUCCCGUCGAACAAAGAACAACCCAGUCUUGAUUGGUGAGCCAGGUGUCGGUAAGACCUCCAUUGCAGAAGGCCUUGCUCGUCGUAUUAUUGACUCAGAUGUUCCUGCCAACCUCGCUUCCUGCAAGCUCCUCAGUCUUGAUGUAGGUAGCUUGGUUGCUGGUUCCAAGUUCCGUGGUGAAUUUGAAGAAAGAGUCAAGGCUGUCCUAAAAGAAAUCGAAGAUAGCGAAACUCCCAUUAUUCUUUUUGUCGAUGAAAUGCAUCUUCUUAUGGGAGCCGGUAGCGGUGAAGGUAGCAUGGAUGCUGCUAACCUUCUUAAACCUAUGCUUGCCCGUGGUAAACUGCACUGCAUUGGUGCAACUACCUUAGGAGAAUACAAAAAGUAUAUUGAGAAGGAUGCUGCCUUUGAGCGAAGAUUUCAGAUUAUCUUGGUUAAAGAGCCCUCAAUCGAGGACACCAUUUCCAUCCUUCGUGGAUUGAAGGAAAAGUAUGAGGUCCAUCAUGGUGUCACCAUUUCCGAUCGUGCCCUCGUUUCUUCGGCUCAUCUUGCCUCCCGCUACCUGACUGCCCGACGCCUUCCCGACUCUGCUAUUGAUCUCGUAGACGAAGCUGCUGCUGCUGUCCGUGUUACUCGUGAAUCUCAACCCGAGGUUCUUGACAACCUUGAGCGUAAGCUUCGUCAGCUUCGUGUUGAAAUUCGUGCGUUAGAGCGUGAAAAGGAUGAAGUUUCCAGAGAACGUCUCAAGGCUGCUCUUAAGGAGGCUGCUGAUGUUGAGGAGGAGACUCGUCCUAUCCGUGAAAAAUAUGAACUUGAAAAGUCUCGUGGUAGCGAACUACAAGAUGCUAAACGCCGCCUUGAUGAACUCAAAGCCAAGGCUGCUGAUGCAGAACGUCGUAACGACUUUACGCUUGCAGCAGAUUUGAAGUAUUACGGUAUUCCUGAUCUACAAAAGCGCAUCGAGUUUUUGGAGCAACAAAAGAAGGCUGCUGAUGCAGACGCUAUGGCCAAUGCUCAACCUGGCUCUGAGCCUUUGUUGAUUGACGUGGUCGGACCUGAUCAAAUUAACGAAAUUGUUGCCCGCUGGACUGGUAUUCCUGUCACCAGGCUUAAGACAACUGAAAAGGAGCGUCUCUUGAAAAUGGAGAGCGUCUUAGGAAAACAAGUCAUUGGUCAGAAGGAGGCUGUUUCGGCGGUUGCCAAUGCUAUUCGCUUGUCUCGUGCUGGCUUGUCUGAUCCUAAUCAGCCUAUAGCUUCAUUCUUGUUCUGUGGCCCUUCAGGUACCGGUAAAACCUUGCUUACAAAAGCAUUGGCUGGGUUCUUAUUCGAUGACGAAAAUGCAAUGAUUCGUAUUGACAUGUCAGAAUAUAUGGAGAAACACUCCGUUUCCAGAUUAAUUGGUGCUCCCCCUGGUUACGUUGGUCAUGAGGCCGGAGGUCAAUUAACUGAACAGCUUCGUCGUCGUCCUUACUCUGUCAUCUUGUUUGAUGAAGUAGAGAAGGCUGCUCCUGAUGUCUUGACUGUCCUUCUGCAGGUUUUAGACGAAGGUAGAAUUACUAGUGGCCAAGGACAAAUCGUGGAUGCUAGAAAUGCAGUAAUUAUUAUGACUUCUAAUUUGGGAGCCGAAUAUUUGUCUACUGACAAUGAAGACGAUACUGGAAAGAUUGAUGCCACUACUCGUGAAAUGGUAAUGAAUACGAUUCGCGGAUUUUUCCGACCUGAAUUUUUAAAUCGUAUUUCCUCUAUUGUAAUCUUCAACCGUCUCCGUCGCACUGAUAUUCGGAAUAUUGUCAAUAACAGAAUUAUGGAAGUGCAAAAGAGAUUACAAAGUAAUCAUCGCUCUAUCGAAAUUGAUGUCAAUGAAGAUGCCAAGGACUUGCUUGGUAGUGCUGGCUACUCUCCUGCAUAUGGUGCCCGUCCACUGAACCGUGUCAUUCAGAACCAAGUAUUAAAUCCUAUGGCUGUACUAAUUUUGAACGGCCAGUUGCGCGAUAAAGAGACGGUCCAUAUCACUGCCCGCAAUGGCAAGAUUGUUGUACUGCCUAACCACGAGGCGCCAACUGAAGCUUCAGCAGAUGUUGAUAUGGAAGAUAUGGAUGAAGUAGAUGAAGAACUGGAGUAAAUGUCUCAAUUUAUGAUGACUUAGACAUGCUUGAUAUUUUAUGAUUUAUUUAAUUUUAUUACUUAUGCUUAGUGAAUAACUACAAAAAAUUUAUGUACAAACUAAUGAAUUUUUCUUUUUUACCCUCUAUA